AUGUCCCUCACGUUGGCAAACGCGGCGCUCACGCCGCCCCCGGACCGCUCGAUUACGUUUGCCGAGCAGUGCCCCGUCACCAGGCAGCAGCACAGCUUCACCUACAACUGCGAUAAGGUGCGCACGUCGGAGAGUCUCGAGGUCUGUGUGAAGCGUAUCCGCUACUCGUCACCUGGCAAGAUCAGCGAGGCGCGCAGCCGCGCCCUCAUGGAGGUGCUGUACAAGGUCAUUGCCUGGGAGCGCGGCGACGCGCCGGAGCAUCCGCUCUUGCCUGCACUGGGAGCGUACGCCUACGCCAAAAAGAACAAUAGCAAUUGA